GGAGGGGGAAAAAGAAGAGCACGAACUAAAAACGGAUCGUUUUUUUGUUUUGUUUUGUUUUGUUUUUUUGUUUUUUUAAACAUAACCGUGGGCUGGAUCCCGCAGCUUUGCUCUUGAACCGCACAGAUUAUCCGUCAUGUCGUGAAAACCCCAGGAUAAAAAUGUCCGGGGAUCUUCUUGAGGAAUCCUGCCACUAAACUGCGCCGCGCUGUCAAGAUUUAAGGAGGUAAAAACUGAACAUGAGUCUCAUUUAACCGAGGAGGGGGGGCCCUCAUCAAGCUCACACCAGCCAAACUCAAAGUCCACCCCCCCAAAACCCAGCCCCUGAUUUCUUUUUUAUUCUUUAAUUAGCAGAAAGGGAUUUUUCUUCUUCUUCUUCUCUUUUUUACUGCAUUGAAUUCCUCUGGACGAGAUGUCAUCCGCAUACAGGAGGAGCUCCUCCGGCUGACUGAGCCUCCCAGCAGCAGAGGGACGCCGACGCACAGACGGACGAUGGGAGAUGCGGCAGAGGACAGAGGGAUGAGACGCACAUUCAUCGUCCCUGCCAUCAAGAGCUUCGACCACUACGACUUCACCAGGGCCAAGAUCUCCUGCAGCCUGACGUGGCUGGUGGCCAAGGCUUUCGGCUCGGAUGCCGUUCCGGAGGAGCUGGCCGAGCCCUUCUACAGGGAUCAGUACAACCAGGAACACCUGAAGCCUCCCGUCGCCUGCCUGCUUCAGUCCGCAGAGCUGUACUGCCGUGCAGGAAGCCUGAUCCUCCGCAGCGAUGCCGUCAAACCUCUACUGGGACACAACGCCGUCAUCCAGGCCCUGGCCCAGAAGGGGCUGUACGUCACAGACCAGGACAGACUGGUCACCGAGAGAGACCUGACCAACAUGCCCAUACACAUGAGCUCCCAUCUGGCGCUCAUCGAUACCUUGAUGAUGGCCUACACCGUGGAGAUGGUGAGCGUGGAGAGGGUGAUGUCCUGCAUCAACAAGUAUUCGCCUGCUGAACCGCUACACGGCGACGGUCUCGUCCAGGGGCUGCCGUACGACACCGAGGACGCCAUCGCCACCUGGAUCAACAAGGUGAACGAGCAGCUGAGGGACAUCCUCAUCGAGGAGCAGAAGUUAAGAGAAGCCUCCCUCCAAGACUCAAACGUCACAACGCAUAAGGCCCGGUACAGGAGGGAGCAUGCCCAGAAGAAUGUCCCAUCGCUCCCCCUGGUGGAGAACCUGCUGAAGGACAACACAGACGGCUGCGCCCUCGCUGCCCUGCUGCACUUCUACUGCCCGCAGGCGGUCCGCCUGGAAGACAUUUGCCUCAAGGAGACCAUGUCUCUGGCUGACAGUCUGUACAACCUCCAGCUGGUGCAGGAGUUUUGCAGGAACAACCUCAAUCGCUGCUGCCACUUCAGCCUGGAGGACAUGCUCUACACGCAUGCAUCCAUAAAGAGUAACUACCUGGUGUUCAUGGCUGAGCUUUUCUGGUGGUUCGAGGUCGUGAAACCCUCAUUUGUUCAGCCCAGAGUCUUCGACCCUAACGCCUGUGAGCCUGUAUCGUCUUGCAGAGAUAUGGCUCCUGUGUCCAGUCCUGUCAAACAGAACUAUGCAGACAGACCUUCCAGUCCAGAAAACCUCACAGCUGAAGGCCUAAUGAAGAGAUCUACCUCCAUGUCCUAUGUUGACGGCUGUGUCGGGACGUGGCCCAAGGAAAGACAAUCCUCCUCUCGGGGAAUCUCCUUUGAGAUCCCUCUGGAUGGAGAUGCAACGUUGCCCCCCUUUGAGGCUCCUUCUACCUGCGCCAUGACCCGCUCAGCCAGUACUGAUGGUCUGGGGUUCAAAGUUCAUUAUGCAUCAAGAGGAGGCAUGAAACGCCACCUCUCCCUCACGCCGGUCGACGUGAACGGUCAGGGCAGACAGAUCCCAGAGGAGGAUGACAACUUUGCUUCCCGCAAACCUUUGGGACGGAACAACACUUUCUCUAUUAAGAGCCAAAGCAGGUGCCCCAAUGGAGUCUUACCAGACAACAGCAGCCCCACCAAGUACCAAGGGAACCACUCCGCCCGCGUCAGCCCAUCGACUCCUCCGAGCAUCGAGGAGGCCCUCAAGAUCAUCCACGACACCGAACGGCCUCAUGCCAGCCUCGCUGUUGGAGAUGGAGACAAUGGCUUUUUUCUGCAUGGUGCAGAUCCGUCACACCUUCCAGGGGCUCAAGCUCCCGGAGACGACUUUGGUUCAGCAAAGGCUCGGGUGAACGACCGAGACCCCAACUCUGCCUCCACAGAUGAAGUCGACACAGGCAUCCAUGUGCGGACAGAGGACAUCCAGAGUUUGGAUGAGGACUCCUCGUCUCUGAGGGACUACUCGGAUAUAGAUCCAGACUGUGAGGCCAUGACGAGGUCGUGUCCUCUGCCUGGCAAGCAGGAGAGGAGCAGGGAAGUGGAACACAAGGAGGAAGUGGAAGCCAACCCUGAGGGCGAACAGGGACAGAGAGGUGACAGAGGCAGCCCCUGUCCCAGUUCUGCGCCCACCAUCCCCAGGUCUUAUACAGGCAGUCCUGCCUCUUCAUCGGGCGGGUCAGGUGGGGGUCUGGUGCGGAUGACCAGCUUUGCAGAGCAAAAGUUCAGGAAGUUGGAGGGAAGGAGCAGCGGAGGAACCACCACUCCAGACAGCUCUGAUCUCAAUGUCCCCUACACACAAUCGGCCAGAACCACUUCCUCUCAGUUCUCGACGCCUCCCCUGCCAAUCACGUCGCCUUCUCCGGCUGCCCGGUUGCCUCGAGACCCCUCCCACUUCAUAGCCUCAGAAAUGAUUCAGCUGAGAAUGAAACUUGAAGAAAAACGCAGAGCCAUCGAAGCCCAAAAGAAAAAGGUAGAGGCAGCUUUCACAAGGCACCGCCAGAAAAUGGGAAGAACAGCCUUCCUGAAUGUAGUAAAAAGGAAAGGAGUGACGGCCCCUCUGAGCCAGAACUCCGGAGGGGCAGAAACACCUUCAUCCGAGCCCAUCUCCUCCUCAAAGGAGGACAGCGUGGAGCAGGUGGAGAGAUGCAAACCUGAUGGAGCAGCUCCCAAAUCUCCCUGCGAAGACGGUGGGGGCGUGACCCCUGGAGAGGUCGACCUUGCAGAAUACACACGGUCCAUUGAAAGGCUGAACACGUCGCUGGGCUUCCUGCAGACUGAGAUGCAGCGACUGGCCCAGCAGCAGGAGAAGAUCAUGGCCAUGAGAGACCAGCAGCAGCAGGCCUGGGUGAUCCCGCCUCCUGCUCCGUCUCCGCAUAGGCAGCUCCGCGAGCUGCGCAGCAGCAGUGUGACAGGCAGGGGAUCGGGCCGUGGGUCGGUGGGAUCCUUGUCCCCGAUCCUGUCCUCUUCCGGGUCGCCACGCGCCCCCAACCGUUCGCCUGCAGGCAUCAAACGACGACCGGCCUCGUUUCAUGCCAGAACGCCUCGGACUCCCCGUCCAAACGACCUGAAGGUCACCCCCAUCAGUCGGAUGCUCAACCCUCCCGCCUCAGUGGACAGCCUGCCCAGACUGAGGCGCUUCAACUCCAGCCAAAGCCACCAGAGCUCGUUUGCCUACCUGAGUCACGACGAGGGCGUCAGGGGGAGACCCAACCAAGAGCUCAAGGGCGAAAAAGAUGAGUCUAAGAAAAAAGAGGAAAUGGCAGUAAAGAUCAGUGAUGAGGAAGAACGCAAAGGAAAGACGAAUGAACGCCUGAAGGAGAGGACAGAAUCUAAAGAGGAGUCGAAGACAUCAGAGGUUUUGUGCCAGCCGCUUUCAGAGAGCAAAGGUGGGGUUGCUAGCCAGAGUCAAGAUGACAAACAGGAAAAGAAGGACCUAGUGGAGGUGCCGCUGUCCUGGCUAAAGCCUCCUGGUGGCCGGGGUCCGGAGAACACAGAGGACGGAGAGAAAGGAGGAGAAAGUUAUGGAGACGACCAAAAGAUGUGCUGCGGAUUCUUCUUUAAGGAUGAUGUGAAGGGAGAAGAUGACAUGGCGGCAAAGAAAGCAGCUCUGUUGGAGAAGAGGCUUCGGAGGGAGAAGGAAACGCAGGAGAGGAAGCAACAACAAGAGCUGGACCAGGAGCAGAAGAAAGAAGCUGCCCGGCUAAAGGCAGAGGAGGAGCAACAGAAGAAGGACGAAGAGAAGGCGAGGAGGGAGUACAUCAAGAACGAAUAUCUGCGGAGGAAGCAGCUCAAGCUGAUGGAGGACAUGGAUGAGGUCAUCAAGCCUCGAAGUGGAAGUCUGAAGAAAAAGCAGCGCCCCAAGUCCAUCCACAGGGACAUCAUGGAGUCAUCUACUCCUCCUGUGAGAACGACAGGUGUGCGUCCUCGGGGCUUCUCUGUCUCAAGUGUCUCUUCGGCGUCCCUCAAUCUGGCUGACAACGACAGGAACCAGCCAGAUAACAGGAAGAACAACAGAGGCCACAAACUAGCUUCAGCUCAUAUCCCGUUUUUUUUAAGCUCCCCCAAAGACAGAAAGGGAAGGCCAGACUCUGCGGAGGGUUUUUCCUCUUGUCCUUCGGCCAGCAGUCGUAACGGAGAGAAAGAUUGGGAAAACGACUCGACCACUUCCUCCACUCCCUCCAACACAGAGUAUACGGGACCCAAACUGUACAAGGAGCCUAGUGCCAAGUCCAACAAGCACAUCAUCCAGAACGCCCUGGCUCACUGCUGCCUCGCUGGCAAAGUCAAUGAAGGGCAGAAAAACAAGAUACUUGAUGAAAUGGAGAAAUCGGAAGCCAAUAACUUCCUGGUGUUGUUCCGUGACUCCGGCUGCCAGUUCAGGUCCGUCUACACGUAUUUCCCCGAAACAGAGGACAUCGCCAAACUGGCCGGCAUCGGCCCAAAAUCUAUCACUCCCAAGAUGAUCGAGACUUUGUACAAGUACAACUCGGACAAGAAGCAGUUCAGCAAGAUCCCGGCUAAGACCAUGUCUGCCAGCGUGGACGCCAUCACCAUCGUCAACCACCUGUGGCAAACCAAGAAGCAGGGGACGCCCAAAAAACACCCAAAGUAGAGCCAAGUGAAGGCGGUGCACCUGGACAAGCUCUGUUGACACAAACAGAAGAAAAUGUGCAUUUCUUUAUAUAUAUUUAUUUGAGGGACACCAGUUACCAUUCCUGAAAAUCUCAACUGGAAUGUUGAAAUAUAUUAUCACACAUAAAACUAAUACAGAGCUGGCUACGACACUACUUCAGUGUGGCACAAGUGUGUUCUUGUCAGCAUGUGUAUCAAUGUUCUCAUGUGCCAAAAAAAAAAAGAAAGAAAA